AUGAUCCUCAAGGAACCGCCAUUAGGAGAAGUUCACCCCCCUCGCCAACGUAGCUCACUGGGCAGUCUCAUUCGCUGGAUACUUGUAACUCUUGUGCGUCUUGCAGUUGCAUGGGUACUAUUUGGUGUCUUGGGCCAAGUUGUAUACCACUGGACCACAUUCUCGCAUUCCCAAGUCUACCAGAACCAGACGCUUUCGGAAGUUAAAACCCGAGGAGCGGUUCUUCAACCACUCAUCGACCGCGAUCAGGUGUUCGACAUCGCGGUCAGCAUCUGGACGCUGCCCUUGAGCGGGGAGAGGACCGGUCCAUUCUCAAAGACACCGAUAUACUCCGACAUUGUCUUUAGAGAUCUUCAUAUUUCCGACAAACAUGUCAAAACCACACUCAAUUACAAACUCCCCAUGCAUAUCUUCCGCAAACUUUUCCUCAAGAAUUCAGACCUUCGCGCAUCAUUUGUCGCGAUUCCGAAAUCACCCUCACUAGCGGACUAUAUCUCCAAUUUCUCAUCGUGGUACCCAAACAAGAUGGACGUACCUCCAGUUCGCUCUUGGCCUUUCCCACUCGGCUCGCCGCAUAUGGAGGAUCCUGGUGUAAUUGACCUGGCCAUCGACUCAUUUGGAAUCUCAAUGCCAUUGCUGGAGUUCCAUGAAUAUCGCAGAAACCAAUGUGGUGAUGCUACAAUUCACGAGAGCAAAGACUUGGAAACGGACAUUGACCUGGAUGAUGAUAUCGACUCGGCUGAAGACGACCCCGAAGCCGCUCCGCGUUCCCGCCUACGUUUUCCGCCCGUCUCUGACAUAAAAAAGUACCCAAGCCAUUCUGUCGAAAGGCAUCCAUUCGUUAUCACCAGGACUCAGAUCAGAAUAGUUGACGAGACGCAUAUCUUCAACCGGAAAGCUUUCAACAAGGAGCAUAACCGGCUUAAAGCUAGUGCAUGUGGACAAAAUAAGGGGGCGAGCCCGGACUACUUCCUUUGUGACCGUGCUUAUCUGUUCAACGGAAAUUGGGAGACCCGACUUGAACUCAAGACACCCAGCAAUCAGACGGAAUGGGCGUAUGGUCCAUAUCUGGGUUAUGGGGCCUUCUCCUCGGGACCUAAAGAUAUUAUACCCAUCCCUGUGACCCGCACCAACUGCACGGACGGCUCAACAAACUCUGCAAAUGACCCCACUUAUUUCGAGGUCAAUUGGCGGAUAUCUUUCAGUGGACGGAGCCCAGCUAAGUUUUCAGCUACCGAGCUGUUCCCUUCAGCAGAGCGGGUCGCCCAUCACAAGAGCGCCUUCAAGAUGACACAAGCACACGACAGUGCUGAACUAUGGAAUGGCUUAUACGGCCACCAAUUCAACGAGGACGCCCAUCCUCGUCGACGUUUCGCUAUUGGCAUGAUAAGUGGAGUGCUAUCUUUCGUCGUCGGAGUUUUCGACGUGGGUUAUUGGUACACGCGCACUACGACUGCACAUAUCAGCAUUGCCGGCACCGUGUUUCUUGCUCUGGGAAAGCUCUUUUCCGCAGCCAGUGUUGUGGCUGGCAAGAUCGAAGAGGACGAAAUCCACCCAUCUCUUUCGCGGCUCUCGGAGCUGUUGUGGCUGAUUGCUUUCACUGCUGCUGUGCGUCUUUUCCUCCCAGGACUGAUGCUCAAGACCAUCUGGCGAGUCGAAGUCACUGUUCCCGAAGGGGCUAGUUGGAUGACAAUGCCGACUAUUCGGCUUCUGCCCCCUACGCACCGGGAACGGAGGAGCCAAAGGAUGGAUCGCGGAAUGUCCUGGGCUGUUCGCGUUCAGCUGUGCCUCGCGCUCAUAGCUCUUUACUCCUUCUUUUCUCCUGAAGAGUACUAUGUACUCCCAGGCCAACUACCACCACGGACCGCAGACGACCACCCGAAAAACAUCGUAUCGCGACUGGCGGCGUUUCUCAUCUUCCCGCUCACCUUUACUGGAAUCGUCUCCCAAAUCUACCUCAACUACCGCAGCAAGACCUUCGCGGGCAUGUACAAGCUGUCCGUCACCCUCCGCUUUGUCGCCGAGUUGCUCAGGCUAGCUACCUACUCGACUUCGCUGGUCGGUCGCUUCGAUGCGAAACCAGGACUAUCAAUACCAGCAGUUGUGGACCUAGUCUUGCUAGGCGUCACUAUGUGGCAGGCAUCCACUCUUCCAAAAGUGCUGCAAAAUGCCCAAGACGAGGAUGCGGAUUAG